AUGGAAGUCGCCCAUAGCUUAAGCAGUCAAUCGUGCAUGAAGGCCAUCAGGCGAUUCAUCUGCAGAAGAGGAGCUCCAUUGCAAUUUUUCUCAGACAAUGGUACGAACUUUCAUGCAGCCAGUAAGGAGCUCGUUCAAGAGGUGCGUCGUAUCGAUUUAGAGUGUGCUGAUGUCUUCACCGAUGCUAGAACUCGAUGGACGUUUAACCCCCCUGCGGCGCCGCACAUGGGCGGCGUUUGGGAGAGGUUGGUUAGGUCGGCGAAGGAUGCACUUAAGGCUCUACACGAUGGUAGAAAGUUAAAUGACGAAAUUUUACUCACUGUGCUAGCUGAAGCUGAGGACAUGGUGAACUCUCGGCCGCUCACAUAUUUACCACAGGAAUCAGCGGACGUCGAAGCCAUAUCGCCGAACCACUUUCUUCGAGGGCUGCCUUCUGGAGAGCGUGAAGAGGUCCACGUGCCAACAAAUUCCGAGGCACCGACGGCAGAGCUCGUCAAGCAUUGGUAA